AUGCUCCGAAACCACCUCUUCCAAGACCCCUUCGCCGCCGCCAAGCUUGUCGAGUUCGCCGCUACCUUUCCCCAGGGCAGCCUCCACUACGCCCACAAGCUGUUCUCCCAAAUACCCCACCCAACUAUCUUUUCAUGGAACACCCUUAUCCGAGGCUUCGCCAACUCCCCUUCCCCCGCUCCUUCCCUCCACCUCUUCCUCCGCCUGCUUUCCUCCGAUUCCCGGCCCAAUUCCUACACUUUUCCUUUCCUCCUCAAGGCCUGCACCCGCCUCGCCACCCUCGUGGCCGGGGAGCAGCUCCACGGCUUCAUGAUCAAAUCCGGGGCCGACCUUGACAUCUUCUCGAUCAAUGGCUUGAUCCACAUGUACACCACUUGCCAAAGAAUCGAUCUCGGGCACCGGGUGUUUUACACGAGCAAUGAACCGGACAUUGUCUCGUGGAAUGCUAUGCUGUCGGGGUACAUCAAUUGCGGACUUUUGGAUCAUGCUCAGCACCUUUUCGAUGAGAUGCCUGAAAGGGGAAUUGUUUCUUGGAAUGCGAUGAUAAAUGGGUAUGCUAAGUCGGGCGAUAUCAGAACAGCUUCGGAGCUAUUCGAUCGGAUGCCGGAACGGAAUGUAGAGUCUUGGAAUACUCUCAUUGCUGGGCAUGCGAAGUGUGGUCGGUUCGACGUGGCUCGGAGACUCUUCGAUGAGAUGCCCAUAAAGAAUGUUGUGUCUUGGAGCGCAAUGAUAACUGGGUAUGCCCAAGGGGACUGCCCGGGUGAGGCAUUGGCUUUGUUCGAAAAGAUGAAGGAAUUGGGGGUGAGGCCAAAUUUGGCAGCAAUUGUGAGCCUGCUCUCAGCUUGCUCCCAACUCGGAGCUCUCGAGCGAGGGAGGCAAGUUCAUGCUUACAUUCAAAGGAACAAAAUGAAGAUGGAUUCAAUUAUUGGAACAGCGCUCAUAGACAUGUAUGCUAAGUGUGGGUGUAUCAAUAAAGCAUAUGAGGUUUUUGAUGCUUUGGCGCCAAAGGAUGUGUUCUCAUGGACAGCGAUGAUCGCCGGCUUAGCAGCGAACGGGCAUGGGAUGAAAGCCUUGGAGCUCUUUGCGCAGAUGGAAUUGGACGGGAUAAGGCCUAAUGAGGUCACAUUCGUCGGUGUCCUGUGUGCUUGCAGCCAUGGAGGGCUGGUUGAGUCUGCAGAACGAUACUUUGAUUCGAUGAGGGCGAAAUACGGAAUGGAACCGACAAUUGAGCAUUACGGCUGCUUGAUCGAUGCAUUGGGACGAGCUGGGCUCUUGGAAGAGGCAGUUUCCCUCGUGCAAGCUGCGCCAGCCAAUGCUGUGUUGUGGGGGACUUUGCUCGGUGCUUGUUGGAUCCAUGGAAACGCCGAGAUAGCAGAGUAUGCCAUCGAUCGCCUCGUCGAGCUAAAGCCCGAAGAUGGUGGAGUCUUUGUGCUCUUGUCUAAUAUCUACGCCAUGAGAGGAAGGUGGGAUAAAGCUAGAAGGAUGAGAAUGCUAAUGAAGUCAAAGGGCCUUGAGAAGAUCCCUGGUUGUAGCUCGAUUGAGGUCCAUGGCAUUGUUCAUAGCUUCUAUGUGAGAGAUCGAUCGCACCCUAAAACAUUUGAAAUCUAUCAAAUGUUAGAUGAGAUUGUAAUGGAAUUAAAACUUGAUGGCCACAAACCAAACACCACACCGGUAUUAUUUGAUAUAGAAGAGAGAGAGGGAGAGCAUGCAGUUGCUCAGCAUUAG